GUCGUAUCUGCUUAACAAUGGAGAAUAUAUGCAAGGCAAUAUAUCUAAAAUCAUAACAUACGCCCAGUGUAAAGGCAACGAACGUGAUAUCUCAGACUGUAGAGCUGAUCCCUGGAUGUCUGGAAACUGUCCUAGUGGACUCGACGUUGGAAUUGCUUGUAAUAGUACUAUUCGUCUUGUAAAUGGGACAAGUCAACGUUCGGGCAGGGUCGAGAUUUAUCACAAAGAACACUGGUGGACAAUAUGUAGUGAUGCCGUAGAUGCAGAUGUUGCUGAUGUGGUUUGCCGAAUGGCUGGAUUUAGAUUCUGGAACGCGUCUGCUUUACAGGGAUCAUUGUUCGGAAGAGGAACGGGAAAUGUCUUGAUAAAUAAAAUUACUUGUAAUGGCAGUGAACCAGAUUUAGCUGCUUGUGUGUCUUCACCAUGGGAAACAACAUCAUGCAACACCGGUCUUGUAGCGACAGUUGAUUGCAAGAUUCAACACACACCAAUUCGACUGGUUAACGGGGACACAAUUUAUUCUGGACGAGUUCAGGUUUUUCAUAACAAUAAAUGGGGUACGAUAUGCGGUUAUCCUUUUUCAAAAGUGAAUGCGGAGAUAAUUUGCUGGUCAUUAGGGUAUAAUUUCACAAGUGACAUUACAUACUCGUAUGGAAGAUACGGAUAUCAAUACAACGUCAUGAUUUCCAAUAUGAAAUGCACUGGAAAUGAAACAGAUAUAUCAGUAUGUCCAUCCGACGACUGGGAUACCGGCACAGAUAACUGUAGUUUAUCAAGUUACCACAGUGUCUACAUUGACUGUUUAACGCCCAUACGACUUAAAGGCGGGCGUACAGAAGCUAUGGGUCGUGUGGAGGUACAGCAUGAUAGUUAUUGGGGAACAAUAUUCAAAGGCGAUUUUGUUGAGGAAAACAUACCUGUAAUUUGUUCCAUGUUAGGCUUUAACUACACGAAAAAUUUUGCAAUGGUAGAAAGUACGUUUCACAGUAGCACUGUGCCAUGCAUACUCAUUGAAGAUUUGCAAUGUUCUGGCCAUGAAACGGAUUUGCAGCAAUGUCAGUCAUCUCCUUGGCAACGUACCUCAAAUUGCACUUCUGACAACACAGUUUCUGUCAGCUGCAAUACCCAAGUUCGACUUUCGGAAGGGGAAAACUGGCGAAGAGGUCGUGCAGAAUUAUUUUACAAUGAACAAUGGACAGAUAUAUGCCACAUUGACAACACUACUUCUCGUCAAACAAGUAAUGUUUUGUGCAGGAUGAUGGGAUUAAGCACAGGGGACAUACAAAUAUAUUCUAAAACUGGCUCAACACCAACAGCUGCACAUAUAACAUGCGGUGGCAAAGAAAAGGAUAUAUCGAGAUGCAACAUAACCACUCGAUCUUGUUCGAUGUCAAGUCGGUUAGGAGUAAAAUGUGGUACUGCUAUCAAAUUUAUAUAUGGUCGGACAAACUACAUGGGGGCUGUUUCUUUACAUCUAAAUGACCGAUGGGAAGCAAUUGGCUAUAUCAACAACAUACAGGCAGCAAAAGUUGUGUGUCAGAUGUUGGGAUAUAACUUUACAAGAUACAACAGCGUACAAUCUAGAAAGGAACUACGAUAUUACGAAAUAUGUAAACACAACACACUUGAACGUCUAAACUGUGACGGAGAUGAAACAGAUAUAUUUGACUGUCGGCGAAGUUACUGGAAUCCGUACAGCGGUUCUUGCAACUAUUUAUAUUCUGGUGUAAAUUGUCAAACACCCGUCCAGCUGACAAAUGGGUCAAAAUAUCAGUUCGGUCAACUAGAGGUUAAAGAGAAUGACACUUGGUUUCCAGUCUGUAGUAAUGGCUUUGAUCUACAUAACGCGCAUGUUGUUUGUCGAAUGCUCGGUCAUAAGCAUGUCAAAAAUACGACGGCCAUUCUAGAAUCAAUACAAAGACAAGGAAAAUUUCUUACCGGCAAUUUACAUUGCACUGGAAAUGAAGUUGAUAUAUCAGAGUGUCCUAAGAAAUGGACAAACACCACGUGUACGGGCGGAGGUGUAGUCUCAAUUGAUUGCAGAUCCACUGUAAGGUUAAAGGACGGGCCAACAAAAUACAGAGGACGGGUGGAAGUUUUCUAUAAAGGCAAAUGGGGCAACAUUUGUCAUUACUACAGCUCAAACAAUGCUAAAGUUAUUUGCAGAAAUUUAGGAUAUAACUAUGCGGGUGCAAUUGUUCAUUCUGGACAUUCAUAUAGCAAUAUAUCAGCAAACAAUGGAACAUUUACAAUCACUAAUUUGCGUUGCGUUGGGACAGAAGAUGAUAUAACCGAAUGUCCUGCUGAUGAAUGGAAAUAUGGAACAGAAUGUGACAACCAGAGGCCACUAGAAGUUGAAUGCAAUACACCAGUGUCUCUCCAAUCUGGAUCAAAUCGAAAUAUUGGAUACGUAUAUGUGAGUUAUAACGACUCUUCUCGAAGUAUAUGUGGCGAUAAUUUUACACUGAAUGAAGCUGACGUUAUCUGUAGAAAAAUAGGAACAGAAACAUACCAGAAUGCAACUAUUUAUUAUGGAAAUAAAUUUGGAUCAUAUUUUACACCCAUCAACCGAUUGCAAUGUGACGGAGACGAGACUGACUUACAGGAAUGUGAGACCUUUUCUUGGUAUGCUACGUCUUCAAGUUGCAACAGGUCGAACGAUGCCGUCAGCGUUAACUGUCGCCCACACACGCCUAUUCGUAUCAACGGCUCACUUGAAGCUGGUUUGGUUGAAAUAAACUAUCAAAAUGUGUGGGGAACUAUUUGCAGUUACAAUUUUGAUAUCAAGGGCGCUAGUGUUCUUUGCAAUAUGUUAGGUUUCAAGAUAGGGAACGUAGGAAAUCCUAUUGAUACCAAAGAAUAUGCGACUAUCUACAACCUGCAAUGCGACGGUACAGAAACUGAUGUUUCUGAAUGUAGCUCUACAGGGUGGUCCUCGAGAGGUUAUAAUUGCUAUGCAUCUACCAUAGGAGAGAGACCUAAGGCUACGGUUCAGUGUUCUAAUGAUCGAGUACGUCUAGUUGAUGGAGUGAAUGAUUUUCAAGGGAGAGUUGAAUUCCAGUAUAUCGGAAUAUGGGGAUCUAUUUGUGAUGCAAACUUUAAUCUUCUUGAUGCGGAAGUGGUUUGUAGGCAGAUCGGAUUUAAUUCAGAAAAGAAUGCAAUAUUAUACAACACAACCAGGUUCGGACGUAGCAACACUAAUUUAGUAGUUGAUAAAUUAAAAUGCAAUGGCGAUGAGAACGACUUGGAUGAAUGCGGCUCUUUUCCAUGGUUUCCCAAUUCCUUCGAAUGUGCCUACGGUCAUAGAAGUGCAGGCGUUAAUUGUCGACCAAAGACUCCGGUUAGAUUGGUUAAUGGCACCAACAGGUAUUCUGGACGUGUAGAAAUUGAGUACAAAGGAUCAUAUGGUACAAUAUGCGACAGAGGCUUCGACGAAAGUGAUGCCAAAGUUAUUUGUAGGAUGUUGGGUUUCAAUACCUUAAGCACUGCUGUUAGGAAGCAUGCAUACUUUGGCGAAGGUUCUGGCAAAAUCUCGAUAUCAAAUUUACAAUGUAACGGAGACGAGAAAGAUAUCUCCGAGUGCAGAACUGAGUACAAUUACAGAUGGGACAGUCCAUAUCCACACUGCACCAACGGACAUGACGUUUCUGUUCAGUGCAAUACUCCAGUUCGUCUUCGAGGUGGAUGGACACGUUUUGACGGAAUAGCUGAAAUCUAUUUAAAUGGGUCAUGGACAUCCGUAUGUUAUAAUGGAUUUACACAAAAUGAUGCGCAGACCAUUUGCAAAUUAACUGGACUAAGCGAAACUGCAAAGGGAGCACAAAAUGUUACCGUUUUCAAAGGAAAGUACUUUGGAAUAACUGGGACACCCACAGUAGGGCAUCUUGGCUGCAAUGGAAACGAAGAAGACUUGUUCAGCUGCGGACUUUCAGAAUGGACCACAAAAAUACAUUCUUGUGAUGCGCGAACUAUUGCUGCUAUAAACUGCCGACCAGUCACAAAUAUAAGGCUUAUGAAUAAAACAACAGAAGUGAAGGCAUCCUUGAAUAAAAAUCAAAGCAUCACUGGGAGAGUAGAAGUAAAGUAUGAUGAUGAAUGGGGUACAGUAUGUGAUGAUCAGUUCGAUGAAAGCGAUGCCCAGGUUCUUUGUAACAUGCUAGGAAUUCCAUUCGGCAAAGUUUAUAGAAAUGCCCACGAUUCACCUGGCUACGUACACGAACCAGGUACAGGAAACAUAUUGAUAGAUGAUCUCAGCUGUCUCGGUAUAGAAAAAGAUAUCUCGGAAUGCAGAUCAAGAGAAUGGGGAACACAUAAUUGCGAACACAAGGAAGACAUCGCUAUAACAUGCUAUUACAAGACAGUAGACCCAUGCAAUGCAGCAGAAACUGCACGCUUACCUAAUUUGGAAAUGCGAUAUGUAAAUAUUAACACGCAACAUCUACCAAAGUCUAUCAACGACUCGAAACUACCGUUUCGUUGGUAUAACGUUGGUAACAAUACCAUGCCAGUUAAAGCACCACCGAAAAACAGAUGUGGAACUCUCCUGCCAAUAUUCAGUUACUUUACAACAGAGAGACUCGGUGCUAAUAAAAGUGCAGAAAUCAAAGCAACUCAAGUAGGAGACAACCAUGAAACGUAUGAUAUAGAGAUGAAGAACUGCAAUGAUGAAUUUUAUGUUUACAAAUUGAGACCAACGAGUAACGAAGAAAGUGGAUACUGCUUUGGAAUCGGAUCAGAUGAACCUGCCCCGAAGUUCGUACCUGACAGCCUAUCGACAACACCAGUCACGAACGAAAAGGGUGUUUCUUUCAUGUGCAAGUUUGAUCCAUCAACAGAAGAUGACUUGUAUUAUCAAGUCAAGUGGCUCAUAGAGGGUAGUUCGCAAAUAACAGUAACAAAACAGUUUUUCAGAAACUCCAGUCUUGAUGGAUUGAGACUAACAGAAAGCGACUUUGAGGAUAAUGAUAUCGGUUUAGGUGUUAAUAUAUCAUGUGCCUUGAGGGCUUUCAGGACACCUGAUGGACUACCAGGAACAUUAUCAGCUUAUUCAAAACAUUUAUUCUUCGGCAUUGAAGUUCUCACGCCUUAUAUAAGCUUGAGAAAAGGUGAAACAAAGUCAGUAGAGCUUCUGAAUUCAGUACCAAUCAUUUGUUAUACAGAGAAUAAAGUAUUCAACCAGUUUAUUCAGAGUAGCUGCAAUGUUCGACUACAGUAUUUUUCUCCUCAGUAUGGAACCUGCUCAAGUAUGCCAUCAUUUCAAGACGGAUGCGAUUCUUUUCUUACAAACAAAGAAGUAGGACAAAUUACUCGAAUAAACAUUAGUGUGGCUGAAACAGGACAAUAUGGAGUAGCUGGACACUUCAAACUUUACUUGUCAGUACCAGUAGAUAAGUUACAUGCAGAAUAUUUGAAGCUGUGGAGGAAAUCUUACAAACUACCUGUGAUAAGUGUUGAUGUCUUACCUGAGAUACAUACAGAUUGGCGCGGCUCUAUUUGCACUGCAAGAAAUGAUCCCCAUAUGUAUACAUUUGAUCAAAGACCAUAUGAACACCAUGAAGAAGGCGGUGAAUAUAUUUUGUACAGACACAAAUUUUACACUAAUGUUGAGAUACAACAUAAAGUUGCGCCGUGUACUACCGAAUAUAAUAAAGCCAAAUGUAACUGUGGUGUAGCUGUCAGAGCAGGAAGAGAUGUAUACGUCAUUAACGUUUGUGAUAACCUCCUUGAUAUUGGAUACAAACAUUGCGGUGACGAGGCUUUAACAGUGAAAAAAGAUAAUGACUUUACCUAUACU